GAUUUUGUGAAUGUUGAAAAUUUCUUAGAUCUAAUUUUGUUUUUCUUCAGAUUUAAUUAUCUGGGUGAGGCUAAAGUUGUUGGUUGGAUUCCUUUUUACUCUUUCUACUUGUUCUGUUUUGCUCAAAUCAAUCUUUGAGCAAGUCUUUUAAUUAUAUUCGAAUGGUAGAAUUAAUAUGAAUCAUACGUAUUUCCUAUAUAGAUUGAGAGCAAGUAUAUUCGCAGAGGUGUAGAAAGAGGUCAAAGAAUUUCAGAAAAAUGCUGAUUCCUCUGGGAGUGGUUAAUUAACCCUGUGAAUACAAAUGAUCAUUUAUUGUUUUAGAACCUUAACUUUCACAGUCCACGCCUUGUCUUGGCUAAGCAAUCAAACCUUCUUUGUCUUCCUCAGUUGCUUUCAUGCCCCCAAAAUUUUAUAUAGUAGCUAAAUUCUGUUGUAUUAAAAAACUCAGUCAUUUGUUUAUUCCUUGUGGAUCUCUGCAUUUGGAUUAGGGCGUUGAGCAUUUGUAAACUUUAAUGGGGGACAUAGCAAAAGACUUGACUGCUGGGACUAUUGGGGGGGCUGCACAAUUGAUUGUUGGGCACCCGUUUGACACCAUCAAGGUCAAGCUUCAGAGCCAGCCUACUCCACUUCCUGGCCAACCUCCCAAUUAUGCAGGUGCAAUGGAUGCUGUCAGACAGACUUUGGCUGCUGAAGGCCCAAGGGGCUUAUACAAAGGUAUGGGGGCUCCACUUGCUACUGUGGCAGUCUUCAAUGCUGUUCUUUUCACUGUGAGGGGACAAAUGGAGGCAUUGCUGAGAUCUCAACCUGGUGCUCCACUUACGGUUAGCCAGCAGAUUGUUUGUGGGGCUGGAGCUGGAGUUGCUGUUUCUUUUCUUGCUUGCCCUACCGAGUUGAUUAAGUGCAGGUUGCAAGCACAAAGUGCAUUAGCUGGUUCUGGUUCUGGUUCUGGUUCGGAAGCUGUGGCAGUGAAGUAUGGCGGGCCAAUGGAUGUGGCCAGGCAUGUUCUCAAAUCUGAAGGUGGUAUGAGAGGUCUUUUCAAGGGCUUGGUACCCACUUUGGGACGUGAGGUUCCAGGAAACGCUGCUAUGUUUGGUGUCUAUGAAUUACUGAAGCAAUCCUUGGCAGGAGGCCAGGAUACUUCUCAGUUGGGAAGGGGUUCUUUGAUGUUGGCUGGAGGCUUAGCUGGAGGAUCCUUUUGGCUAAUGGUAUACCCUACUGAUGUGAUCAAGAGUGUAAUUCAGGUAGAUGAUUGCAGAAAUCCAAAGUUCACUGGCUCCAUUGAUGCAUUCAGAAAGAUCCUGGCGUCAGAGGGUGUCAAAGGCUUGUACAGGGGUUUUGGCCCUGCUAUGGCUCGAAGUGUGCCUGCAAAUGCGGCAUGUUUCUUGGCGUAUGAAGUGGCAAGGUCUAGUUUGGGAUGAUUGAUUUUUUCAGGCAUUGGUUAUUGGCCAAAGAUUUUGGUUAAUCUUCAUCAUUGUUAUCAUAUUGCUCAUCUCAAAGUCCUCGUGUCAUUCAAUGAAAGCUUCUUGGAGUAAUUGUUAAGCAAUAUGAUAACAGCUUAUUUAUCAUAAAACAAACGGGCCUUUUAUCCUCCCAAUAUUGAUACGAUUCUUGUUUGGGUGAUGGAAGAAACACUUACCUCAACAGUAGUUGCAUUUGUUUUAUUUUUUUUCCCCUAAUUUUUCAGCAGAUGGUUUUCAUGUUAAACAAGAGGAUCUAAGCCAUAUGAAUAAAAUUUAAUUUAAUGAUA